UUCGAACUUCAAACGUCAUUUUGACAUUUAUCUGCUUGCUGUACGAUUUACCCAGAAAAAUAAUUUAAGGAAUUUACCUACAAAAGACCUCGAAUCCUUCCACAAAACACUAUCCAAGGCUGUAGUUAUAGACUACGCCCUUUUGUACAACUGCGUUGUUUAUUUUUGCUAUCAACAUAGGCCUCUCGGAUACCGCCGUCAUGGAUAUGAUGGUGUCGACUUUGCAGCAGCAACGUGCUGUUACAGAGCAGCUGCGGCGGGAGGCAGCUAUCAAACGAAUCCCCGUAUCCGCUGCUGUAUCGGACAUUGUUCGAUUCAUAAGUGAACACGAACAGGAAGAUUGUCUCUUGGUUGGCUUUUCCAGUCAGAAAGUCAACCCCUUCCGUGAAAAAAGUUCUUGCACUGUUUUGUAAAUUGUUGUGUCACUAAUCAAUGGUAAUGUGUGUUUGCUAAACUUGGUGUUCCUUACAAACUUGGUUUUAUUUAUUAUCCGAUAAUUGAUUAGAACAGGAAUUGAAGAGAAUCUGUUUAUUUCAAAUAUAUAUUUUAACUAUCACAUUAUUAAUGUUUCAUAAAUAUAAUAAAUGAUCUGUAAUAUUCAAUAAAUGAUUUAAUCAAUGUA